CUAUUCAGUUGAGGAAUUCUUAGUAUAGCCUUAAUACAAUAUUUGUUAAUUAGCACGCCUUCAAUACUUACCUAUAAUUAAAAGUGUUUUAUGACUUUAGACAUGUUGAUUGGUGUAAAUGUUUGUUUGGCGAUUGUUUUAACAUGUGAAAGUGUUUCUGAAAAUAAAAGUGAUUUGAUUUCUUGAUUUGAUUUGCUACCGUAACUUUUGUUACUCACUUUGACGUUCCAGUCAUAAAAUAUUUGCCAAAUUUAACUACAUAUUACUUUUCCUUUUCUCUCAAAGCUGUUAUAAUGAUUGCAUUUUUUCUAAAAAUGUUUUUUAUUUUUUGAAAGCUCAAUGAGCCAGUUCUAUACAGUUCUUAUUAUUUAAUUUAUUCAUUCACAUAAUUAAUCCAUUUAUUUGUCUUCCUGUGAAAAAAUGAGAACUCUUUUUUGGUUUUUAAUAGUAUGUACUUCAUUUGUGAAUGGUCAAUUUGAUCCUACAACCCAUGCCAAUUGGGGUUUAGUCAAUGACGAAAAAUGCGGACUUCAACCUGCCCUGAAAAUAUUUGGCGGUGAAAAUGCUCGCUUAGGAGAGUUUCCCUGGAUUGUUCUUGUGAUAGCUGAUAAGAAAGAUCGCAGUACCGGCGAGUUUAUUGGAGGAAGCAUGUGUGGCGGCUCUAUAAUUAGUGAGCACCAUGUCCUUACUGCAGCACACUGUUUUACUGAUGCCGUGCAUGAGUAUUACAACAUAAGAUUGAUAGUUGGCGAGUACGACUGGAGCAAAGAUCCGGAUUGCGACUCGGAUGACUUCUGCGCGCCGAGUUUCAUCGAACUUCCGGCCUCGAAAGUCAGCACCCACCCAGACUACCAACCGCAUCAUCCCGACAAAUCCUACAAUCCCAACUCUGACAUAGCGGUCGCCACCGUUGAUCCAGGAUUCCAAUUUACUGACUUUGUCUCACCAAUCUGCUUGGAAUAUGGAGAGUUACUGGGCAAUAAAUUUGCUGGCGAGGUGGCUCAAGUCAUUGGUUGGGGUGCCUCAGCUCUAGUUGAUAACAAAACCCAGAUGCCGGAAAUACUGCAGAAGGCUUCGCUGGAGGUUCUCGACCUGGAAAGCUGCAGGUUUUCCACCGAGGGCAAGAAAUCCACCGACCAGGAACCCGCUGAGCAGGAGCUGAUGAAACCAUAUCUGUGCGCCGGAGCCGAAACCCAAUUCUCCUACGCUGGUGAUUCGGGCAGUCCCAUGUUUGUGGCGAAAUCUCUCAACGAAGACAUACCAAGGCAGUAUCAGAUUGGCGUUUUCGUCCAGUACUUUGAUGCAAAUGAGGUCUGGAAGGACGGAAAACGACCACACGGCUAUAUCCGGGUUGGCUACUACCUAGAAUGGAUUCUGGACCAGAUGAGUUGAAGUGAAAUAUGAUUGAAAAGUGAAACUGAAUGGUAUUAUUAUUCCCUAAAAAUUCUUGUGAAUAUUUAAACAAUAAAUAAUGUUCCUUUUAUGAUGCGAGGAAGAAAAACGUGUAUCAGGUAUCAAGGAUUUUAUUUCUCACAGAAUACAAUCAAAAAAUCACAAAUUUCAAACUAGUAAAUAAAUGGAAAUUAUUGAGAUAUUGCAAUUAUUCAAAUGCUAAUGACUUAAUUAUUAUUAUUAAACGAAAAUCCAAAUUAAAUGCUAUAAUUCACCCCGAAGACUUCUGCUACCGUACUGCAAAUAUUGACAACAGAGUAAAAAAUAUUCGAAUUUCCAUCUAGCUGUUUACCCUGUUGUCAAUAUAUUUGCAGUAGUAGAAGUAUUCGGGGUGAAUAUUACAGCAUUUAAUUUGGAUUCUCGUUUUAUAAUAAUAGUAAAUAAAUAUUAUUUUGCGAAAAAUUAGGUUACCAUCAGUACCUUAAUUAUUUCACCUGAUUUUUCUAGGUAUAUUUAUAGAAAUUGAUAUUGUUUUCCAUGACGAAGCACUAUAUAAUAACUUUGUUGUAGUUCAGACUUUGUGUUACUUGUAAAUAUUUGAAAAACACUUACUUUUCUUGGAGUAUUGAGGCAUGCAUUUCACUCCUGAGGAGGAGUUUCAUCCUCCUCAGUAAAAGUAAGUGUUUUUCAAAUAUCUACAAGUAACACAGCGUCUGAACUACAACAAAGAUAUAGACUUAUCAAUCAUACCUUUCCUGAACUAGAAAAUUUCAUUCCUUCUACUAGAACAAUACAGAGCAAUAAUUGUUCAUUAUUGGAUACAUACAUGUUUCUUUAAAUUCAAAUGUAUUUUCAGUAUAGCCUAUUGAUUUAGUUCUAUUUAAUUGAAAAAAAACGUAAAGUAGGUAGUUCUGUAGGAAUGAAUGAAAAUGAUAUCAUUAAAUAUGUAUGUGUUCGGUUCUUGGUCUCGAAUUCUCCCAGUUACUACAAAUUUUGGACUUUUUGAAUGAUAAUAUUUAUCGAUUUCAUUAAGGUACCUAAUUUGAGUUUUUCUUAAUUCAAAAUCUGUUUUUCCUAGUUUUAAUGGACUAGUGUUAAUGGACCUAUGGAUUAGUGUUAAUUGACUUAUGGAUUAUUUGGACUGUUGUGUUAUAGAUUUGAAUAGCAUAAAAUAAUUUCGCUUAAAUGGGCUACUUGAUUCAAAUAAAACAAUAUAAAAACUUUUAGUACCUACUCUUUUAUUAAAAAACUUUAAAAUAUUUUAACGACUAGUAUCGAAAAUAGGUCAUUUCCACGUUAAAUGUUAAGUUUUCUAAUAAGAGGGUACUAAAAGUUCUUAUAUUGUUUUUAUUUGAAUAGUAAUAUUUUUUGCUUCAGCCUGUGAUGUCUUCUAUUUACUUCUUUAUUUCUCUUUUUUUAGACGAACUUCACUUCAUUCUUUCAAUUUAUGACAUAAAUAAGAUGACACUUAUAUGAUUUAAUAUGAUUAAUUUAUGACACUUCAUUGAUGAUAGCCAAUAGAAGAAAGUUUACCACAAGAUCUAUGACAAAAUAAAAAAAAUUGAAAAUUAGCCUAAUAUUAGAAUAUGUAACUUGAGCUACAUAGAAAUUGAAGUAUUGAAGUACCGUAGAUAAAUUCAAAAUAGAGUAAAGAAUGAGGACAUUAUGAGCAUGUAAGUUUGACCAAAGCUGGAGAUAAAAUGAGCGGAUUUAAAGAAUAUUUUAUGUUUGUAAUAAAAUUUGACGUGGAUUGAUUCACUUUCAUCAAUGUAGCCUAUUGAUGUACACAUAAAUUGGAUAUAGAUGCUCUCAUUGCGAUGAGCGAAUAUCCUAUUUUAUUGAUGUACCGUAAUUAAACCACCAAUCUUGAAAAUAAAUUGAACUUUUAAA